UCUGCUCGCUGCUCAGCGCCGUUUGUCGCCUUGGCUUGCGGUGUGGCAGUCAGUGCUGUCGCAAUGUGGGUUGUCAUCAAACGGGGUUGCGUACUGGAAGAACCUCACGAUGACCCGGAGAUUCCGCCUGUUCCUCCCGCCAAGCAUUAGCAUCGGUUCGCUCCCUGAACAAGAAAUACCAUCAGAACAUACAGGCGAACUACUCGGUAAUGGUCCGCUUGUGUCAUAUGAGGAUUACACGUUUGAAGACAGCGGCGCUUUGCAGCCUGCAUCUCAGGAGUGGUCCCCCGUUGUCCGAGCCGUUCGCUACAGUUUGGUGGAAAGCCCGUACUUCCCAGCAAAUCUUCUUCAGAAGCAUCAUUGGAGCUCAGAACUUCAGAACAGAGAGCAAAUCGAGUCGCUUGCUGGGUUCAACAACCACUUUCCUCUUUGCGUGGAAGUCAACGAUACAAUGUCCGCUGAACACGUCAACCCGACAGCUCUUGAGCUCCAUGUUGGUACAGAGCCUACGGAGGAAUUGCUUCAGCACACUUUGAGCUUAUACUGGAACUCUCUGUUUGAUGGGCUGUUCGGGGCAAACAAUCGAGAUAGUCUCGUCAACGAAAAUGAUUUUGGGGCGAGCAUCCUUGCCUCACACCCCAUGCAUCAUCACCUUGAGAUACAACAAGGAUCAGCUUCUCUGCACGCUAGUUUGCCGAAUGAACGGGACAUCAAAUCUCUGGGGAUCUCAAACCCAGCACUAGUUGAUGGUGUGGAUACACAUUCCGAAAGCACGGGUCCCACCUCUGUCCAUCUUGCCUCAAUCGCGUCUUCAGUGACGAUUAUCCUUCCUACAACUUCACAGGAAAGGAUGGACUCCAUCAGCACCACUUUGCCUACCUUUGACUCGCAAGCAGCGUUGAUAAAUGGAGGCUUCAACCGGGCUACACAUCGAGCGUCAAAUGGAAUCAAGGAUAACGAUGCCGCUGCUUCCAACAGAGAGUCCGAUCCCUUCCCUUUACCACAUGCUCCCACUGAGUCGCAACUGGCUUCAAUGGCGAGCAGUACGAGCGGGCAUUCUGCGCGACGACAGCAUCAGAACCCUCCAACCAGACGAGACUUUGUUCUGCCAUUGCAGUCCACCCUCCAACCCGUCCGUUCCGCGCUUCUUCCCGCAACAAAUCUUUCAAGCUGUCGCAUAAACACACGGUGCGCCAUAUUAGCUGUCGUGACGCAGCUUCAUGUGGUGAAACACAUGUCGAUAGAUGGCGCAUCUGUGCCCGUUACCUCGGUUUUGGUGGCGGAUCAUACCGUUCCGUUCUUCCCUAUUACACUCUGGAGAGCGAACACAAGAUGGUUGGACAUGCUGGAAGUAGGCGACAUUGUUUACAUCAACGAUGUCCGAAUAAGUGAGUUUCGGCGAAUCACGUCGGCCACUGCGCUCUCACAUUCUUCUAUCAGAAUCGUGCAUCGGCUAUGUACGGAUGCGCCAAUUGAUGAAGAUGUGGACGGACAUGCGUUGGCCUUACCCAUUCCGCAGCUGCAAACACUGUUCGAAUGGGCCCAAGAACAGCCGCUGAUGCAGUAUCAGAGCCGUUAUCGGAGAAGGCCUGCAGAAGAAGACAACUCAAUGGAUGGCAGAUAAGGGAGUCAUCAUCUGAUGGUGGGAACUGUCUGUCCAUGUCUCAGAGGGGCAGAUAACGUGUGGCGUUCGGGGGUGAUCCGAAACGAAAGGGCGAGAAUACGAAAUAUCUAUUCUGAUGCGAACAUGAUGUAAAUGGGCUGCGGAGGACAGGGCCAGAUUGUGCAAUAUACACCAGCAGUGGUAUUUGGGUGUCUAAUUACUGUGCGAGUUGCUUGGUAUCCGAGGGCCUUCGCGAACUUGUCGUAGAUGAAAGCGGAUCGAGCUUUGCGUCCACUGCAUGGUCUCCGGACCGCCUUUGACUUAUCACCCAGUUGACGUAUUCGUUGAACGAUACUUUUCCGUCGCGAUUAUGGUCUAGCUCCUUUGGUUCGGAAGAUUUGGGC